UGGUCCUUUGAAGCAGAAUGGAUAGUGAGCAAAAGGUCAAAGCGGUUGUCAAAGCGGUUGUUGCUGGUUGCAUACAUUCAGGGCCACAACUGACAGCAGAGCCUUAGGAAGACCAUCAUAUUAAAGAUGGCAAAAUGCUUGGUCAAGAUCCGGACUCAACGAAGCCUUCACUUGCACAUGAUGAACCACUGUAGCAGCAACGUGUUCGUUCGUCUGCUGAAACAUGGCUCCAAGGUCAUACCUCGAAAUGCUGGUGCCCCAUUGCCUAAAGCAGAUGUUUCUGAGUCCCUGCCUGUCAGCUCACCAGUGAAGAGAGCUCGAGGUGCAGAUGCUCUGAGUGAAGAGGAAGAGCAAGUAAAAGAAGACCCCGUGACCAUCUCUGAACUAGCAUACAGUCCCAGCGCCAGCCUGCUCCCCACCCCAGUGGAUGAUGACGAAAUCGACAUGCUCUUUGACUGUCCGUCUAGGUUCGAACUGGACAGAGAAGACACAGAUUCAUUUGAGGAGCUGGACGCAGAUGAAAAUGCCUUUCUGAUGGCUGAAGAGGAGGAGCUGAAGGAAGCCCGUCAAGCUUUGUCAUGGAGCUAUUCCAUCCUGACUGGCCGUAUCUGGGUCAAUCCUAUAGUCAAGCGUUGCUCCAGGCUCCUUGUGGUGGGCCUGGGACUGCUGCUGUUUGUAUUUCCCCUGCUCCUCCUCCUUUUGGAGUCAGGUCUUGGACCUGCUUUUGGACUUCCAGUCCCUGUGCUAUAAACAGAAUCAGCAGGACCUGCACAUGGUGGACCCAUUCAAGAUUUGUUUUCCACAUUCCAGCCUCAGUCUCUGACUGGGUAGAGAAGUUCAUGAGUGAGCCCAGAAAAGCUCAGCAGUCAUCACUUCAGAGAGGAAGAAAGAAACAUCACUCGGGCCUCAGGCUUCAGCUGUAGUCACCCAUCCUUCAGUAAAACUGAUUUGAACCCUC